AAACAGACAGACGUUUAUUGAAUGACUGAUUGAAGGGUUUGGGAUCCGAGCGGUGAUCACAACCACAACAACACCACAAGAAUGACAACAAUGGAUGAGUUGUCUGUCUUCGCGCAACACUUGUCAUCGCACGAGCGGAUGGGCCGAAGACGUGGCCGACCGGCCAAACGCGAGUCGUGUCCGGAACCGGUCCUCUCGACGACUGCACCGAAACGCGCGAAACACAGCCUGUCUUCAGACGAAGGCAUCGACUUGUCUUUGGAUCCGAUGAACGACUCGAUCGCCCUUUCGGUCAAAAGACGACAACGAAAUCCCAAACAAUUUGAUUCAAAACUCUUUUACAAUUCAGUCGUCAAAUCAAUUGAACGCAAAUACAAGAAGAGCGACAGAGAGGACGCAGUCAUCGACUUGAAUGAUAUGCAGAUAAUCGGCAGCAGAGGAAGUAUGGAAGAGAGGGACCAAAUGGACUUCGGAUACUUCGCUGACAACACUUUGGAAGAGUUGAGACAAAAGUCUUUCAAAAGCAAACGUCUGUUUCGCAGUCCAUUGGAAGAAUCGACUCCCAACACAUCCAAAGCUGUCAAAGCAGUGGUGUCUUCGGCCAAACAGUUGGCUAAGACUCCGAAACAAACGGUUCCGCAAAAGCUUAACAGUAAUACAAGAGGUAAGGAAUGGAAGAAUUGCAAUACCAGUAAGCAAUUGAUUUCCGCAAACGCUUCCAAACGAAUGGUCACUAAUAUAAUGAUAGCGGAGGAAGAGUCUGACGAGGAGUCCGUUGAUAGCAAUGAGUCGGAAGAACUGGAAGAAAAUCAUCCGCUAAUGAAAUACGAAAACCUAAACGUGUGGUCAAACAAAGACUAUCAAAUCGAUUGUCUCAACAAAACGAUUGAAAUGUUGAAAAACGAUACGAACGGACACUUCAAAGACGCCCUUAAAGAGCGUGUCUUUCUUGCGCUCAAUCUUCCGGUUCUGCCGAACGGAUCAAACGUUACGCCAGUUAUUAAAUACAAUGUGAAAGGAGAGCCCAAUUUUGAGUUCUUCUUCGGUUCCGCGCAAUCGCCGCUCGAAGUGAGAGAUGUCCUCCAAAUUGAUUAUCGAAUUAUCGUUUUGUCUAAAGUUAUCUACGAUUGGAUCCAAUUGAAGACCAAUCACAAGAAUGCCAAACGACUCUCUUAUAGCAAAAAACAGCUCCAAUUUAAUCAU